AUUUGCAGACAAGAAUUGCCUUAAACCCUGAAUAUCUCAUCUCAUAAAAGCCCCUCUGUUCUAGGGUUUAAGUCAUUUGUGUGAGAGUAGAAGAAAGACUGUUACUUACGCCGUAUAUCCAUCGUCGUCGAAAAAGGUCUAUAAUGGCUUUCUUAAGCAAGGCUGGGAGUAUAUUGAGGCAGUCCCUCAGUAAGAAUAUCAAUGUUCAAAAAACUUCUGCAUGCAACCAUCCACAUCUCUUCCAAAUGAUAAGAUGCAUGUCAUCUUCCAAAGUGUUUAUUGGAGGUCUGGCCUAUGCUACUGAUGAUACAAGCUUAAGGGAGGCUUUCAGCAGAUAUGGAGAAGUUGCUGAGGCAAGAGUGAUUACUGAUCGUGAAUCUGGUAGAUCUAGAGGCUUUGGCUUUGUCACUUAUACCUCUCAAGAGGAAGCUUCUGCUGCUAUCCAGGCCUUGGAUGGGCAGGAACUUCAUGGACGAAUGGUGAAGGUCAAUUUUGCAAAUGAUCGACCCAGCUAUGGAGGUGGUGGGUUUGGUGGUGGUGGUGGUGGUGGUGGGUACGGAGGCGGAGGCUAUGGAGGACAAGGCGGUGGUGGCUAUGGGGGAGGACAAGGUGGUGGUGGCUAUGGAGGAGGACAAGGUGGUGGUGGCUAUGGAGGAGGACAAGGCGGAUAUGGCGGUGGCGGAUAUGGUGGUGGAGAUUCUGGUAGAUUUUCGAAUGAAAGUGGAGUUUCGAAUGGUGGUGAUUCUGGUAAUGUUGCUUAUGAUAACAUGUUUGACAAAGCCCAAUGAAUAGGGCAUUAGCCUGAAGUGGAGAGUAGUCCAAUUAGACUUUUUUUUUGCUAAAACUUUCACUCUAAAGUCUAAAGUACUACUUUUUGACCUAGUUAGUAUUGAUGAGAAGAAAGCUUGGAUCAUGGUUUUUUCUUUUCAUCAGAGCUUUUAAAUCUAUUAAUUGAAUCAAGGAAUAUUAUCAAUGCCUAUUUAUUUUUUUAUGUUUCA